AUGGAAAACUGUCAAGAAAAUAAUGCAGUAGGCCAUCAAGAAAAUAAUGUAGAAGAACAAAGUCAAUUAUCUUUUGCAUCCAUCAAAGCUGAAUUGCUUCCUGAAACUGAUCGAAAACUCCUAAAAAAAUUUUGA